AAACUUAAACCACCAACAAUGGCGUCAAUCACUAGCAUCCUCCUCCCGUUGAUCCUUCUCGUCGUUCCAUUCGGUCUUAACUGUUGUACGCUAGCCCAGUCCGAUCAACAAAGUCCGGCUUACAUGGCGUUCGUAGUUAACGCAACCCAACUUCCGCUGGAAGACACAUUCGAUUACGUGAUAGUUGGCGGCGGCACCGCCGGUUGCCCACUGGCAGCGACGUUAUCCAAAAACCACCGUGUCUUGGUUCUUGAAAGAGGCGGUCUUCCUUUCGCGAACCCUAACGUGAUGACACGAGAAGGUUUCCUCCCAAUACUCACCCACUUCGACCAGUUUCUAUCCCCCGCCCAAGCAUUCACUUCCGAGGACGGCGUUCCCAACGCCCGAGGCCGCGUUCUUGGUGGCAGCAGCGCCAUUAACGCCGGAUUUUAUAGCAGAGCCGACGAAGAUUUCUACAAAAGAUCCGGGAUCAAUUGGGACUCGCGAGUGGUGCAGCGAUCUUAUGAAUGGGUUGAGAAAGCAAUCGUGUUCCAACCGGAGUUACAGACGUGGCAAUCCGCCGUCCGUGACGGAUUAUUGGAAGCCGGCGUGGAACCUUAUAAUGGUUAUAGUUUAAAUCACUCUCUGGGUACCAAGAUUGGUGGGUCGACGUUUGACAGCUCCGGUCGUCGACAUAGUGCCGCCGAUCUUUUAAACUUGGCUACCGGAUCCAAUAUUCAGGUGGCUUUGUAUGCCAGCGUUGAGAGAGUUUUAUUCGCUCCGUCGUAUUCUUUGGCGUCUAGGCAGAAUGCCAUCGGAGUUGUGUUUCAUGAUCUGGUCGGCGGCCAUCAUCAUGCAAUGCUACGGGAAAACGGAGAGGUCAUUCUCUGCGCCGGCGCCAUUGGCAGCCCACAGCUUCUUCUCCUUAGCGGCAUUGGGCCACGGCCGUAUCUUUCUUCUUGGGGAAUACCGGUGGUACGCCAUUCUCCAUAUGUCGGAAAUUACAUGUAUGAUAACCCACGGAACGGAAUAUCGAUCGUGUCGCCGGUUCCACUGGAGCAUUCUCUCAUACAGGUGGUGGGCAUCACCGAUUCUGGUGCUUAUCUUGAAGCAGCUUCCAACGUUCUCCCUUUUUCUUCUCCGGCGUACUCUGUUUUCCUCCGUCCAUCGUCUUCUCCGUUGUAUCUUACUGUUGCCAGCAUUAUGGAGAAGAUAAUCGGGCCCCACUCUUCGGGGACACUUCGAUUGGCGUCGACAGAUGUGAGAACCAACCCGAUUGUGCGAUUUAACUACUUUAGUAACCCAGUGGAUUUGGAAAGGUGCGUGAAUGGGACUCGUAAGAUCGGAGACUUGCUUAGAAGCCGAUCGAUGGAUGAUUUCAAGUUCUGGGAAUGGUCGGGUACGGACUUCAGAUUCGUGGGUCCGGCUUUGCCGAUUGAUCAGUCGAAUAACAUGGUGAUGGGGGAGUUCUGUCGGCGGACGGUGAGCACAAUCUGGCAUUACCAUGGGGGAUGCGUGGUGGGGAGAGUGGUGGAUCGUAAUUUGAAGGUGGUGGGUGUUCAUUCUCUUCGGGUAAUCGAUGGUUCGACGUUUACGGUGUCGCCGGGGACCAAUCCACAGGCUACUCUCUUGAUGAUUGGCAGGUACAUGGGGUUGAAGAUUUUGAGAGAUCGAAUGCGCACUUGAUGUUCUGCUAAUGGAUUGAAGUUG